AUGCUGUCCGACAACGACCAACAAGCCUCGCGGCGCAUCCCCAGUCUCGUUCAAUACUGCCAGCGAGUCGCUUCCAACCACGUGGAAUCCAUAAGUAGUUUGGGUGAUCUGCGCUAUGAUAUUGUGAAGCCCGUCUUGAGUGGCUGCUCGCCAGAGACGCUGGUCCGACUCGAAGAAGCCUCCCCGCAGCUGGAAGUCCAAACACUUGAAAUCUGGAGACAGCUGUGUUUCCGUAAAUAUCCUGUACAAUGCUCAGAUAGAUUCGCGGAAGAAGAGCCAGAUUCAUGGCGAGACCAGUUCUUUUUUUUAGAAGACGAACAAGCUAGACGGUUAGAGGAAGUCGGCUCCCGCAUACGCAGUCAACGCCAGCAAGCCGAGGAACGCAAGAAAGAAAGCCAAAUCAAGAUCACCGACAGACUCCCUCCAGCUAAGAAAGCUCGAUGGGGGAUGGCCUCUCAGCCGAGGUCGCUCUUCCAGAAGACUCGGACCGAAGCCUCCAAAUUACAGAAGACAAUGUACGGGCCUCGCUUGCUACCUCCUAUGCCCGCGGCGAAGAGCUAUCGUGUACUGCCGAGCACCACUACCAGCAGUCUCCUGCCCGCACCACCGUCUACAUUGAGCAACCCUCGCGUCACUGUCAAGGCUGUGCGUCGACCCUCUAGCUCUUCGGUACCUCCGUCCUCGUCUGCGACGCCGAAACAACCUGUCCCACCGCCGUCUACCGCACCCCCGAGGCUCCUACCUCCGUCCCAAUCGCCGCCGCCGCCCCGUGCAGAAACUGUCCGGCCUCUGAAAUCCCCAGCCCACAGCAAGAAGGACCCGAUGUCUAACCUGUUCAUGCCUAAACACCGCGCACAUUCUCAAUUGCCACGUCAGUCGAUGGCGACCCCAGUUAACGGUAGAUGA